AUGGGCAAGGGCAAACCGAAUGGGCUCCGCGCCGGGCGCAAGCUCAAGACGCACCGCCGCGAGCAGAAGUGGGCGAACAAGGCCUACGCGAAGAGCCACAACAUCUCGCAGUACGCGAAGCCCUUCGGCGGCGCGUCGCACGCCAAGGGCAUCGUGCUCGAGAAGAUCGGCAUCGAGGCCAAGCAGCCCAACAGCGCCAUCCGCAAGUGCGUGCGCGUGCAGCUCAUCAAGAACGGCAAGAAGAUCGCGGCGUUCGUGCCCCGCGACGGCUGCCUCAACUACGUCGACGAGAACGACGAGGUCCUCGUCGCGGGCUUCGGCCGCCGCGGCCACGCCGUCGGCGACAUCCCCGGCGUCCGCUUCAAGAUCGCCAAGGUCGCCGGCGUGUCGCUCCUCGCGCUCUACAAGGAGAAGAAGGAGAAGCCGCGCUCGUAG